AUGGGCAAUACUUGCCGUGGAUCUUUUGCUGUAAGAAUAAAUCAAGGCUUCAAUCAGCCUGGAUACCAAUCCAGUUCCAAGCGAAACCCGUCUAUUGCACAAUCUAACAACUCCUCACGCCACUCACCCACCACCGUGAACCGACCACGUAGUGCCUCUAAAGAGUUCCCCAGAAAAGGUUCCAAUUUCAAUCCCAAUUCCAAUCCCAAAUCCUCACCUGCUUCCAGGAAAGAGAGCACCAUGAACCGCCACAACGCGAAUCAGGCUUAUUAUGUCCUUGGUCAUAAAACAGCCAACAUUCGUGAUCUGUACACGUUGGGGCAAAAACUAGGCCAGGGACAAUUUGGUACAACCUACCUGUGCACCGAGAAUUCCACCGGUACAAAUUACGCUUGCAAGUCUAUUUCCAAGAGGAAGUUGAUUUCCAAAGAGGAUGUGGAGGAUGUUAGAAGGGAAAUUCAGAUAAUGCACCAUUUGGCAGGACACAAGAAUAUUGUAACCAUUAAGGGUGCAUAUGAAGAUCCUUUGUAUGUUCAUAUUGUCAUGGAACUCUGUAAUGGCGGAGAAUUGUUCGAUAGGAUCAUUCAGAGAGGACAAUAUAGUGAAAGGAAGGCAGCUGAGUUGACAAAGAUUAUUGUGGGUGUUGUUGAGGCAUGCCAUUCACUUGGUGUUAUGCAUAGAGAUUUGAAGCCAGAGAAUUUCUUGUUGGUUAAUAAAGACGAUGAUUUCUCACUCAAGGCAAUUGAUUUUGGACUCUCAAUUUUCUUCAAACCAGGUCAAAUUUUCACAGAUGUGGUUGGAAGCCCAUAUUAUGUUGCUCCAGAGGUGCUUUUAAAGCAUUAUGGCCCAGAAGCAGAUGUAUGGACUGCAGGAGUAAUACUUUAUAUACUUCUAAGUGGGGUACCUCCAUUUUGGGCUGAAACACAACAGGGGAUAUUUGAUGCAGUUUUGAAGGCAAAUAUAGACUUUGAUUCAGACCCAUGGCCCCUUAUCUCUGACAGUGCAAAGGAUCUUAUUAAGCAGAUGUUAUGCUCUCUUCCUUCAAAGCGCUUAACUGCUCAUCAAGUUCUUUGUCAUCCUUGGAUAUGUGAAAAUGGUGUUGCUCCUGAUAGAGCACUUGAUCCUGCUGUUCUUUCUCGUUUGAAGCAGUUUUCUGCAAUGAAUAAGUUAAAGAAGAUGGCUUUGCGGGUAAUAGCUGAAAGCUUGUCUGAAGAGGAGAUUGCUGGUUUGCGGGAAAUGUUCAAGGCAAUGGAUACUGAUAAUAGUGGUGCAAUAACAUUUGAUGAACUCAAAGCUGGUUUAAAAAGAUUUGGUUCAACAUUAAAGGAUACGGAGAUUCGAGACCUUAUGGAUGCGGCUGAUGUGGACAAUAGUGGGACAAUUGACUACGGAGAAUUUGUAGCUGCUACCAUGCACCUGAACAAACUGGAAAGGGAAGAACAUCUUGUUGCUGCAUUCCAGUAUUUUGACAAGGAUGGAAGUGGUUAUAUUACGUUUGAUGAGCUUCAACAAGCUUGUACAGAUCACAAUAUGACCGAUAUUCUCGUGGAGGAUAUCAUUAAGGAAGUCGAUCAAGAUAAUGACGGGAGGAUUGAUUAUGGAGAAUUCGUCGCUAUGAUGACAAAAGGAAAUGCAGGAAUCGGAAGACGAACGAUGCGGAACAGUCUUAAUAUCAGCAUGAGAGAAGUACAAGGGGAUCAAUAGCUUCUCCAUAUACACACUAUUUACAGGUUGCAAGAAUACUCGGCUUUGCACAAAGCUGUUGGAUUCUGCCUAUUCAAGCUCAGUUUGGUUCAAGAAUUUGUAGGGAUCGAAAGCGACAAAACUACGGAAGUAAACAAAUGUGGUUCCACAACCAACCUCUCUGAAUUUGGAGUCUUUUUACAUCUUGCAUGAGUCUACACUUAGCAGAUUCAUGGAUAGGUUACAAGAUUGAACCGAAAGCAACUUCAGCCCAAGUCUUGUGCAGAUCUUCACAUGGUCUUAAUUUAUUCAGCUUUGUUUAUACCUUGUUUCUUUAUGAACUGCUGAUUCAUGAGAAA